UUUUUUAAAAAAAGAAGAAGAAAAAAAAAUUUCUGAUUGUGGAAACAUCCAAUAACAUCUGGAAAAUACGAUGUGUUUACAACGCAUGCGCUAAGACAAAACAAUACUGUCUUUUUAUCAUUAUUAUUUUACUAUUUGAAAUAAACGGAUAAAAAUAAAAUUCAAGGCAAAAUGGAUGUUAAUGAAACUAAAAUUCAAAAUGAAAAUCAUUCGGAAAAGAAUAAAUUAAAUAAUCGAGAAGAAAUAUGUAUAGAUGAUAUAAAAGGUUCUACAUUUUCUGUUGAUGAUGCUGUUGAAAAAGCAGGAUAUGGAAGAUUUCAAAUCCGUUUACUCUGUUUAGCGGGAUUAGGAUGGUUUGCUGAUGCGGCGGAAAUUUUCAUUUUAUCUGUUAUUGGUGAUUUUUUGUCUUGUGAUUGGGAACUUCAACGAUGGCAAUUAGCUAUGCUAACAUCGCUUGUUUUUGCUGGAACUAUGAUUGGAAGUCCAGCGUUUGGAACAUUGGCUGACAAAUAUGGAAGAAAGAGGAGUCUUUCAGUAGCUACGCCUCUACUAUUCGUAUUUGGUGCUCUCAGUGCAGCGUCGCCUUCAUAUGUAUGGCUGGUUGUAUUUAGAUUUUUAAUGGGUUUCGCCCUCGGAGGAAUGACGCAAGGGCUUACUCUUUGUUCCGAAUAUUGCCCUACAAAGAUGAGAGGUCGAGCUGGAUUCUACUUGUGUUAUUUUUGGUCUUUUGGAACAAUUAGCGUAGUUUUGCUGUCAUGGGUAGUGAUGGAAUUCUUAAGCAAUUGGCGAAUUCUUUUGGCUAUCACAUCUCUUCCUGCUUUUAUUGUGGUCAUAUCGCUAAAGUGGUAUCCAGAAAGUUCCAGAUAUUACGUAGUGAGCAACCAACAUGAAAAAGCCAUUAAGAUUUUAGACAAAAUGGCCAAGUGUAACAAUACUGUUGCGCCACCAGGCGAACUUGAAGAACUUAAAGAAACUGCUGUAAGGGGUCGCCUCCAGGAUCUCCUUAAUCAAAAACUCAGGAAAACAACACUGAUAUUUUGGUACAUCUGGUUUGCGACUGCUUUUGCUUAUUAUGGAAUUGCUUUGCUAACACCUAUUAUCAUUCAGAAAGGAGGUCUCACAACAAAUGAGAACAGUGCCUCAAGUAUCGUCAAUGGAACAGAUGAUGUGACGAUGAGCAAAAUAAUUCCUUGCACUAAAUUGACGCGGCAAAACUACAUAGAUUUGUUAUGGACAAGCUCAGCGGAAUUUCCUGGACUCGUACUCUUUACGUUUUUGGUUGAGUGUUGUUCCCGGAAACUACUGCUAGGAGGUGCGUGCGCAUUCAGUGGAGUGAUGAUAUUUCUCCUUCUCUUGAAAACCAAAAAAAUCAUUAUCCUUGUUUUCCUGUUUGGAGCAAGAAGUAUAUUAUUGUCAGUGUUCCAACUGAUUUUAAUCAUGACGAGCGAAGUAUUUCCAACUACUGUGAGAGCCCUUGCUAUGGGUACAGGAAGUGCAUUUGCUCGGUUGGGAGGCUUAAUAGUUCCUUAUAUCGCUCAGGUAAUGAUUAUCAGUCAGCCAUUGGCGACCAUUUGUGUGCUUGCUGGCGUGACAAUCAUUUGUGCCGUUGCAGCUGCUUUUAUUCCAGAAACAAAAGGAGAACGAUUAAAGGAAACCAUUGAAUUGACAUGAAUAAAGUUAUUUUAAGGAGACUUCAUAAAGUUAGAAGAUUGAAAGAAGACUGCUACAGACGAGCUUAUUUUGAAAUAAUUUAUUGAAACAAUUUGAAUUUUUUUGUACAGUCAAAAGUGUAUAGAAGAUAUAUGAUUAUUUGAUAUUGUGCUGUUAAAUAUGAUAAAUAUGUUAUAUAAAAGCAAUUUGAAAGAAGAAAUUCGAA